AUUCGUAAAUGUCUGACAGGCCUAAUCUCAGAUGUUUUACUCCUGAACGUCUCUGAAACAACAAAAUGUCUAACGCCCUGUUAGCAGAAGUUGGUUGGGACGCGGGUUUUGCCAUCCCUGUAGCUAAUGCGGAGAAUAAAGCAUUGGAGGAGGGGCUUCAAAAGAAGCAAAAAGAGCAAUUAAAUCUUGAGGACAAAAUAAAUAAAAACAAGGAUGUGAUAAAUGCUCUGACUGAACACCUAAAAAAUCUAAGACAGGAGGUUUCCCACACUCAGGCAUUGUGCAAAGCCAGAGAGAAGGAGACUGAAUCAGAGGUGCAUUUCAGAGCACUGGCAGAGCGAGAGACAGGCCGCCUGAAGCAAGAGGUCACUCAGCUGGAGAAUCAACUGAAAACACUGAAUGAGAAGAAGAACGCGCAAGAGGUUGCAGCUGACACAUAUACACCAUCCAUAUGAUGUAACCUCUGCUUAUGCAGAAACUGUCAAAGCAAUAUAAAG